AUGCCACGACGAUCCUCUCGCAAGGGACCCUCACCGUCCAAGAAACAACGCAAACGCAAUGACAAGAACAACGACGAUAACGAUGACGAUGAUGAUGAUACGGAACCCAUGGAGGUGGACGAAGAUUCCUACUCGGAACACAACGAGGAGGAGGAAGAACCAGAAGAUGAUGAGGACCUGGGCAGUGCCAUUAACGACGACGACAACGACGACGAAGUAGUUGUCGUCUCACGUCCCCGUCGGUCUCGAUCCAAUUCAAGAUCUUCGGCUCGCACCAACCGGAAAAACUCGACUGACUCGCCACCAGAAGACCAAGAAGAAGAAGAAGAAGGAGACACCACUCGUCGCUCGCGUCGAUCCACCAAAUUUCAAAAGAGCAUGAAGGAUCCCGCCAGUGAUUCCGUCAAGGAUCUAUUUCAAGGCUCGGGGAUUUCCGAAAAGAUGAAUACUGGCAAUACUAGCAGUGACGACGAGGAUUCGGACGCUGAGGACUCUCAAGAUGAAGAACAAGAGGAUAGCUCUGACGAUGAGGAUAAACAACCCAUCUCGCGUACCGUGGCCAAAUCCAAGGCAAAAUCCAAGGCCAAGGCAAAAUCCAAAUCUGCUACUACUACUUCUACUACUACCAAAUCUACCACCUCCACUACUACCAAGAAAAGCAGAAGCAAUAGUAGUAGUAACAACAACAACAACAACAAAAACAAGAAAAAGGCCAAGGAAAAACCAAAAAGUCCCGGAAGACGGCACGCCCGAAACCGCAAGUCGAUAUCCCAUCAAGAAGACUCUGAUGACUCUAUAGAUGCCAUGAUGCUAAUGAGCGAUUAUGACGAAUCUUCCGAAGACGAUGGCGACGGAGAAGAAGACAUGAAGAUUCAACGAAUACUUGCUUCAAGAACCGAAACUCGCCGCAAGUGGCGAGAAAUUGUCAGCCAAAUGAACACGUCCGAAGUCACGGAUGGCUCCAGAUGGUUUCAAGAGUCAUCUGUUCUAAGGGCCAAAGAAGAAGAAGAAGAUGAAGACGAUGAUGAAUUGUCACUCCACGAAGAACGAUUUCUCGUCAAAUGGUCCGGACUUUCGUAUCUGCACUGUUCGUGGGAAACCCAAAAGGAUUUGCUCGAAGAAAUUGACGGCGUCAAGACUUAUUUGUCAAGCUUCUUUCGCAAGUCCACCAACGGAAUACUCUUUUCGCAAGACGAACGCAAGGAUGGAGAUUAUUUUGAUCCUGGAUUGAUUCAAAUUGAUCGUAUCUUGUUUGUCGAUUCCAAUCCAAAGGAAAAGAAUCGCAAACGCAAUCCCACCACUUGGCAGGAAGAAAAGGAUUCCACUCCCAAAGAUCGCGGGAUUGUCUUGGACAAGGCUGAUCCUGGAUUUGAAGAUGGGACGGGUCGGCAAAUGCUCAUCAAGUGGGAGUCGGAAAACUAUGCGGAUUGCACCUUCGAAUUCGAACGCGACUUGAUGCUCGCCGAGAUUGACUUGUCGGAUGCUUUGGAGGCGUACUACGAAAGAACCACCAAACCCACAAAGGCCCAAUUGAAAACCAGCAAGUCGGCAAGUGACACGGCCAUGCGCAAAUCCUACAAAUUGUUUGGUGAUCAAACCGACAUGGCCGAAGGUCUGCGACAGGAACGGGUCCAACGCUUUCAAAACGAUUUGGCCUCGCAUACCUUUCGAAAUGGGGGACAAUUGCGGGAUUAUCAAAGUGAGGGAGUGACAUGGUUCUUGGCCAACUGGGUCAAUCGGCGGUCCUGCAUCAUGGCGGAUGAAAUGGGGCUGGGGAAGACACUCCAAACGGCUGCCUUUGUCAAUUUGUUGGUGGAGCGAAUGAAUCGACGGGGUCCCUUUUUGAUUGUGGUGCCACUUUCGACCAUUUCGCACUGGCAACGGGAAUUUGUCGGUUGGACUGGUCUCAACACUAUCGUCUAUCAUGGAUCCGCAGAAGACAGACAUCAGAUUCGAGAACAGGAAUUUGCCUAUCCACAAGACCGACCCGAUCACAUUUCCUCCAAUGCCAUUUACUUGAACAAGUGCGCGGGGCACUUGCCGCAAACCAAGUCUGGAAUGGGCGGACCUUGGAUGGCGACGGUCGUCGUGACCACACCCGAAAUGCUCGUGGCCGAAGAUUGGGCCGAAUUGGCGGCGGUCCGAUGGGAAGUACUCGUGGUGGACGAAGCCCAUCGACUCAAGAAUCACAAUUCCAAAUUGGCGGUCAAUCUGCGAAAGUCACAAUUCCGAUUCAAUCACAAGAUUCUCUUGACGGGAACGCCUAUUCAAAAUGAUGUCAAAGAAUUUUGGACGCUACUGAAUUUCAUUGAUCCCAAGAAUUUCGAUAGUCAAGAAGACUUUUUGGAAAAGUACGGAGACAUCAAGAGUAAGGAUCGCAUCGAUGAGCUGCACGAAAAGAUUCGACCAUAUAUUCUGCGCCGACUCAAAGAGGAUGUCGAGAAGAGUGUCCCUCCCAAGCAAGAGACACUGAUUGAAGUCGAGUUGACCGUCCUUCAGAAGCAAUACUAUCGCGCGCUCUACGAAAAGAAUGUCAAGUUCUUGCACAAGAACAAGAAGAAGGCACUGGACGGACCCAGUCUCAAUAAUCUUGCAAUGCAGCUCCGAAAGUGUUGCAAUCACGUCUUUUUACUAAAUGGCGUGGAAGAAGAGGUCCGAGACCAACAACCCAAGAAUGUGUUUGUGACUGAAGCUGAUUUCUUGUCCAAGGGAUCUGGAAAGUUCGUUCUGCUCGACAAGUUGCUACCGCGACUGAAGGAAAAUGGUCAUCGAGUCCUUUUGUUCUCUCAGUUCAAGAUCAUGCUGGAUAUUCUGGAGGACUACUUGCACCUUCGAUCCAUGAAGUUUGAACGCAUCGAUGGUUCCAUCACUGGCCAAAAGCGUCAAGCAGCAAUCGAUCGGUUCCAAGAUCAAGAGUCUAAGGAUCCUCCUUUCAUCAUGUUGCUUUCCACCAGAGCUGGUGGUGUCGGAAUCAACCUCACGGCUGCCGAUACGUGCAUCAUUUUCGAUAGUGAUUGGAAUCCGCAGAAUGACUUGCAAGCACAGGCUCGAUGCCAUCGUAUCGGGCAAACCAAAAGCGUCAAGAUCUAUCGCUUACUCUCACGCAAGACAUAUGAAAUGCAAAUGUUCCACAUGAGUUCGCUGAAGAUGGGGCUGGACCAAGCCGUCCUCAAGGGAUUUGAAAGUGGAAACUCGGGAGAAGGUACCAUGACCAAGGAAGAAGUCGAAAAAUUACUGCGGCAUGGUGCCUACGACAUUUUCAAUGAAGAUAAGGCCGGCAGUGCCGAAGCAGAGUCGAAUGAUUUUGUGGAGCAGGACAUUGAUUCCAUUUUGGCACGCCGCAGUCGAACUGUUGUCCACGAUAAUACGGGAAGCGGAAGCGGGGCAGCCGGCGGAACCUUCUCGAAAGCAAGUUUCAUUGCCAAGACGCCGAGUAAGAAGGGAGGCCAAGGUGGCGAAGAUAUUGAUAUUGAAGAUCCCGAAUUUUGGUCCAAGAUGGUUGGCGAAGCGAAGGAGGAAGUUAUGUCAGAGCUGAAACCAAGAAAACGAAGCAGACUCAACUAUGCUGAGAGCAGUUACGAUAGAAAUUUCAAAGAGAUUGUUGCCUAUUCCGAGAGUGAAGGGGAGGAUUCCGAUGACGACACAGAUGACGACGACGACGACUUUGGCAACGACACUGAACGUUCACGCUGGGGAGGGAAGAAGCCAGGAAACUGGACGCGGCAGCAAGCCGGAGAUUUGCUGGAAUGCAUGGAGCAACAUGGUUACAACAGCAACGCUUGGAACAAGUUCUCCGAAAUGCUACCCAAGAACAUCCUUGGCAUGCUGAAAGACGAUAUCCAACGAAUGUCGUGGUCACUUGUCCUUCUUGGAAUAGCCGAAGUCUCUCAUGAUAGCGCUCUAAUGUCAAUGAAGCACGCUAUCAGAAAUAAAAAACGCCAACUAGAGAAAAAGGACGAGGUCGACGAAGCCGCGAAAUCAGCCCCAGAACCAACUCCGGAACCAACUCUUAGCGAAAGUGAAAAGAAUGAAAUCCUGGAGAACACAUUCGCCAAGUUCUGGAAGUCAAACCACAAAUGGGCAGGUCGUGCACUUGUUGAUGCUGUCGAGUUUGCUACGGCCAAUGCACCAAGACCGGAUGAUGUGUUGGACGACAAGGAUGCAGUGGAGGAAGAAUGUUCUGAUCUCUUUUACAGUUCAGUCUGGCCUUCAUUAUCUGGCAGGGGCUGGAAGGAAGAAAAUUCCGAUUCUGGUACCAAAUUUGUCUACAAAACAGCGGAUAAGACCCACAAAUUCAGCUCCCCAUCUGCAGUUUUGAAUGAGAUUGUGCGGAUACACCCAGAACUUGCCAAAAUGGUUAUCCCUGUUCUAAAUUCCCUCGAGCAGAAGCGUCUGAAUGAAAGUAGGCGAGCCGACGAAGACCGAGCAAAGUACACUGGAUUGAACGAUUCGAACAUUGGAUACAAGUCCUUGAAGGAGUUUCUUAGUCGCUAUGCGACGCUGCAGCUGCUAUCCGACCGGAAGAGACAGAAACGUUUGACCAUUGGACGACGUUUCCUUGCCGCAUGCAACUACAACCAUAUUGCAUUGGCCCUUGUGAAUGGAUCAAUCUCCCCCGCAGGAGAGAGCUUGAAAGAUCGUUUGAAGGUUGACGCCCGAGCUACUUUGCCACAUCCACUAUGGACUCCGGCUCACGAUGUAGUCCUUGUUGAAGCAAUUGCAAAGCACGGAUGGGUUGAUCGUGACCAAAGCUGGAAAGCAAUAGCUAACGACCAAGAGAUCAAAUGGGGCUUUCCGUUCGGAGAAAUGAAGGAUAAGACCGCAGAAGUAAUUGCUCACGAGGAAUUUGAACAUAAAAACGUUUGUCAAACAGCAACACGGGCGGCAUCGUUUAUUGAUUUGUACUCAGAGAUCAUUGAUGACCUGAAGGGGUGCAAUCGAAAUCUAAUCAUUGAGUCAUACGGAUUGAAGCGCAGUGAGGCCGAAGGGGAGUCUGGGGAAGAAGGCAAAUGGGACGUUGCCGAAGAUUUACUGCUCCAGGCAACAGCAGGCACCAAAGGGGGAACAAAGCCAUCCGAACCUCUUGACUUGCCAUCAAAGAAAGAUCUAUCGAGAAGAGCCAAGACUGUCUUGCAAAAGUCUAUUGAGGCUCAUGAUUCCGGUCUGAAUGCACCAUCUGAGGAUCCAAAAGAUGACGAGCAGACCUACGGUUACACUACUAUCAAUCAAGGCGACCCAUGCUGCAUUCUACUUGCUGAGAUGUUGAGGGGGAUUGCAAAAGGAUCCGCUACGAAGCUGCCGAAGCAAACACGGUUGAUGUUCUCUAUCGCGCAUGCAGAAGCUGUUGAACUUGAGAAAAUGUUCUCGACUAGCAACAAGACAGCAUCAAAGGCUCUUGAAAUGCGAAAGAUCAUCGGCCAGAUUGAGGAAUCACAGAGUCAUAUCUCGUCGGAAGCAGUGCCCAGCAAGAAUAUUCUUCGGGUCAUGCUCCGUAUGGAGCCGACAACUGUGCGUAGUGGUAAUGCGAAGACAGAUGCGCUGUUUCCAUCUACAGAAUUGAAAGAGAAGGAAGGAAAACCAAAGGCAGAGGUAAAACGAGAAUCUCACCGUCGAGAAGAUGGUGCGUUGGGGGAGAAAGCAAUUGUCCGAGGCCUUAAGAAAGCAUACGACAAGUGUGCCAGUGAUGGCAAUGAUGGCUCUCCAUGCAAAUUCACAAAUACUGGAGACAUUGAAGAUGGUCUGCAAUUAACGAUGAUUGAAACCAUGAUGCUUCUCACUUUCUGUUCAGAGGGCAUCCCCUGGGAACUACCUGUUGAUGCAUUCGGAGGCUUCGAAACUUUCACGUGGAAAUCGGUGGCAUCAUUGCUUGAGCACACCAUCAAAGAUUCCUUCCACUCGUCUACGGAGAAGGUGAAGAAAUGCAAAACCGCACUCGCCAAACUGAAGGGAACCGAGAAAGACGAGGAGACGGCGCAAGCCGUGAGGCGUCUUAAAGUAGCAGAAGCUGAAGCAGUCAUGAAAGAAGAGGCCGCACAACACGCUGUUGAUUAUGCUGGAGACACCACACGGUUCGCGAGAAAGAGUAUCAUGUUGUUGGAGAAAGUACGCAAAUACGGAUUCGUCAACUACAACUACCCGGCGAAGUUCUCCAACAAAGUAGAGAAUGGACUUGGAAACAAAGUCCAGACUUGGUUUGGAAAGGAACUCGCAAAACUUGCAGUGGCAUGGGAGGUUGCAGAUGAUCUUGGUGGUACACGGCCCCUUACCACUCAAGACAUGUUUGAGCAAAAUAGCGAGGAUGCCAAGAACGCCACGGUUGCCUCUUAUUUUGACAAGAGAAUGAGCCGGCAAAUCGUUAGUCAGAUCGCAAUGCUUGCUAAGAUUCGUUCACUUUGGUCCUCCAGCAAAGAAGAAGACCUGAGGGAGAAGGUUUCAAAUGCUGCGAAAUUGUCUCGUAAACAUGAAGAUGUAUGGGAGAAAAAACCAGAAUGGUGGGACGAUUCUUCAGAUCACAAUUUCUUGAUUCUAGAUCGACUCUUCAAGCAUGGCUUUUCCAAUUUUGGAAACGACACUAGUGGUUUUGGACCUGAUGAUGCGGAAAGUUUGUCUCUCAAGCAGCUCAGUUUGACAAAAUCAAUCAUCCAACAGCGAGCCAACCAAUUGAUCCGGGAAAUGCACCAAUCGGAUGAAACAGAAGAAACGAUGAAGAUAUUGCACGAACGCCGCAGGCGAUCGUCAAGCAGCUACGAUAAAUCGCUGGUGGAAUGUGGCAAGGGUAAGAGCAAGAGUAUGAGCGCAUCCAAAAAGGGCUCGGGUGCAAAACAACAAAACAAGACAAUUCAGACUGGGCUGCACUCUUUUUUCAAGCAAACGAAGUCUGGGUCCAAGAAGCAAAGUGUUGUCGAAAUUUUGGACGAUAAUUCCGAUUCCUCGAGAGAAUCGGGAAAGCGCAAGGAAGCUGACGGAUCUGAUGAGGCAUCAUCGCCUUCCAAAAAGGCAAAAGUUGGUGGUGAUGUUGAAGUCGUACGCGUGAAACCAGCCUUUGACGGAGCUGCUUCUGAUUCCUUGGCUUCUUCCAACAGCGGUGCAUUUCGAACUCGUGUCAAUAGCCAAGGCGAAAUAGAAGUUGUAAAUGUGGAAUAG